AUGGUUAAAGCCAGCUGCGUGUGCGGAGACUCCGCGUAUGACUUUACUGGUAAAUACCAGGCCUUUAUUGCCUGCCACUGUAUACCUUGCCGCAAGGUCACCGGCGCUGAUCGGUCGCUGAAUCUGGUUGUGCACAAGGACGAGGUGACAGUCACCUCAGGCACAGACAGACUGGUCUCUAGACGGGCUGACAGUGGCAAGGAUUUAACUUAUCACCAGUGCAAGAAUUGUGGGAACACCAUGUUUGCGAUAUCUGCAAACGCCCCUGAGAUGUACUUUUUAAAGGCCGGUCUUAUCGAUGACAACGACUUCCUGAAUGCGCUCGGACCGCCCAAGACGGAAAUCUAUUGCAAAUAUCUGCUGGACUGGGAGAAGACCUUUGACGGGGCGCAAGUGACGCAGAACUAG